CAAAGCUUAGCCUUUUUCUCGUUUUCCAAGUAUUCCAUCUCCUUUGGCACGGUUUUCGGUUCCGUUCCUUGGCUUCCCUCCCUCGUUUUCUUCCCAUUUUUUUUCUCUCCUCCCGUCGCCUCGGAGCUCCCGUGUCCGAUCGCCGUCGUUGAGUAUCGGCGGUCUUCUCUAGGCGCAGCGAUUUCUUUUCUUUUUUGUGAAGAAAGAUCGCUUAUUUGGUCGCCGUAGCUCCGGUGACUUGCCUUGGGGGAUAAGGCUCGGAUCUCGCUCAAGAUUUGGGCGUGAGAGAGUAAUGUGGGAUCGAUUUCUGGAGCGGAUACCGAUUUUGCGGUCCCUUUCUUGGGAAAUUUCAUUCUAGAGCUCUUUCUGGCAAGUGCGGUUUCGUUCUCUUAUGGUCUUUUGUGGUUUCGGGUUCUUGAAUUGGCGGAUUUUGACGGAGGAUUGGUUGGCCGGAUCGGUAUGAAAUGGUGGAAGGUAGGUCAUUUUUGUCUGGAGAAUUUAAAAGUAGUUUAGAAAUUUUGAAGCGCAAGAGGCUUGAACGGAUGAAGUUUAGUGCUUUUUCUGAAACAACUAAUGUUGCGAGUACAAUGUCUAGAAGUGGUGGAGAUGCUACCAAGGCUUGUACAUCAUCCAUUAAUAGAACAUAUGGAAAUGCAAAUGCUUUUUUGCAUUGCAAUGGCCCCUCAAAGGAUGACUUGUCAAAGCGUAAACUAGAAUAUUUUAAUAUGUCUAACAUGGAAUGGAUAGAUAGGAUUCCAGAAUGCCCUGUUUUCUUCCCAACAAAGGAGGAAUUUGAUGAUCCUUUGACUUACCUCCAGAAGAUAUCGCCUAUAGCUUCAAAAUAUGGCAUAUGCAAAAUAAUAUCUCCUAUUUGUGCUUCUGUUCCUGCUGGUGCCGUAUUGAUGAAGGAGCAAGGUGGAUUGAAGUUUACUACGCGUGUGCAGCCUUUUCGUCUAUCUGAGUGGAGUGCUGAUGAUAAAAUUACCUUCUUUAUGAGUGGAAGGAAGUAUACAUUUCGUGAUUUUGAGAAGAUGGCAAACAGAGAGUUUGCUCGAAGAUAUUCCAGUGCUGGAUGUCUCCCUGCUAAGUAUGUUGAAGAACAGUUCUGGCAGGAAAUCUCUUUUGGCAAGACUGAUUUUGUUGAAUAUGCCUGUGACAUUGAUGGCAGUGCCUUCUCAUGCUCUCCUAAUGAUCAACUGGGGACAAGUAAAUGGAACUUGAAGAUGCUUUCUCGCCUUCCCAAGUCUGUGUUGCGGCUUUUGCAGUUCUCUAUUCCUGGAGUAACUGAUCCCAUGCUCUACAUUGGGAUGCUUUUUAGCAUGUUCGCUUGGCAUGUUGAAGAUCACUUCUUGUAUAGCAUCAACUAUCAUCAUUGUGGAGCAGCUAAAACUUGGUAUGGAAUUCCGGGUUAUGCAGCGCCUGACUUCGAAAAGGUGGCUCAGGAAUAUGUUUAUAAACGUGAAAUUUUUUCAACUGAAGGAGAUGAUGCAGCAUUUGAUGUGCUUUUGGGAAAAACUACUAUGUUUCCCCCAAAUAUUUUGUUAGAUCAUAAUGUUCCAGUUUAUAAAGCCGUACAAAAUCCCGGCGAGUUUAUAAUCACAUUUCCUCGAGCUUAUCAUGCAGGAUUCAGUCAUGGUUUUAAUUGUGGUGAAGCUGUCAAUUUUGCUAUUGAUGAUUGGUUUUCUUUGGGUAUUGUUGCUAGCCAACGCUAUGCACUCCUUAAUAGGACGCCCUUAUUACCCUAUGAGGAACUACUAUGCAAGGAAGCGAUGCUUCUUUUCAAGAGCCUAACAGAUUCAGAUACCAAAAAAUCUGUCUCUGGAAAGAAUGAAAUGCUUUCUCAGCACCAUGUGAAGGUUUUAUUUGCAGACUUAAUGAGAUUCCAACAUUAUGCUCGUUGGUGUCUCAUGAAAUCGGGAGCUCGGGCUUCUUAUUCUUCAAAUUUUCCAGAAAUGAUACUUUGCAGCAUCUGCAAACGUGAUUGCUAUGUGGCUUACGUUAGGUGCAAUUGCAAUACUGGUGCAAUUUGCCUUCAUCACGAGACUUGUAUAAAAAACUGUCAUUGUGGCUCCAGUCGUACCAUGUUUCUAAGGACAGAUCUUUUAGUGAUGGAGGCUGUAGCAAAGAAGUUUGAACAAGAUGAGAUAACAGGAGACGUGGGAAAGCGAUUACAGGAAAGUUGCCGGAAUGAGGCUGGUUACUUUCCAUAUUGUCAAAUAAGAUUUGAGGAAGGUAUCGAACAUGAUGCUACACCGGAAUGUAAACUUUAUUCAAGUUCAACUUUUUCUUCUCCAAGAGAGUGUCUUACAAUCAAUCAUGAAUGCAUGACAUCCAAUGCAGUGAAACCUUUUCACAAGAGUUCCCAGAUUACGUCAACUUGUUUCAAUAAUUCUGCUGAAUCAACUGCAUCUGAAAUUUCUGUUGAGGGAUAUGAAGGUAGCUCUGGAAAUUCAGUUCAUGAUGUUGAUGAUUCAGACUCUGAAAUAUUCAGAGUUAAGCGCAGGCGUGCUGUGAGUGCAGUGGAAAAAACUAGAGCGGACUCGAGGUUCUCUAGAAAACCGGCGUUCAAACGCUUGAAGAAGCCCAAUUUGGAGGGAGCAAAAGAAAUUCCUGCCAGAAACUAUAUUGUUGAUGGAGCUGCUCCAACACCACCCAAGAUGAGGCAUCAUCAUCCCCCUUCUGUCUUUAAACCAGACAAUAAAUUUAGGAAGCAUAAAGAGGAGCAGCAGAAGUUAUACGCCUAUAAUAUUGGAAAUCCACCAAUAUCAAAAAAAUAAUCAGUCUCCGUUGAGCUCGGCCCAAAUAGUGUACAAGUUGAAGGCAUUUCUUUAUCCUGUGGCGUGGUUAAGCAGAGCAGUUCCUACUGUCAUUUUUCCCGAGAGCAAUGAAAAGGCGAGCAGACAUUUUUCUCAGAGCAUGACCUGACAGUCAUGGUUGCUAACAACAGAUUUUAAUCUCGG